UGCACUAUCCAAAACUGAUCUUAACUAUAUACUCUCAUCCUAUAAAUUUCAGCAUAUUCCACUAAUAUUUAACUAAAUCUUUGAUUAAAAAAUAUAUUAAUUCAGACCCUUAGAUUGUGAAACUUUGUUAUUGGAGAAUAUAGCACGAGAUCAUUUUUUGGGAUGCACGAUACUUCUAGUGAGAAAGUAAAUUGUCAACCCUUUAAACAACAUGGUAUUCAACUACCAAAAAUAAAAAACUUGCCAAAAUAUCUCAAUAGCAAAAAUAAACAGCACGCCAAAAUAUAAAAAAAUAAAAAAUAAAACUUUCUAAAAUAGCUCAAUAGCAAAAUAAAUAGCGUUCCAAAAUAACCAUUCACUAGAAAAAGUGAACAACACUCCAAAAUCUAGCAAGAGUAAAUAUUAUGCCAAAGUUUUUAAUGUUAAUUAACAUUGAGUCAAUACCAAAAUUUUAGAUUUAUAGAUUUUCAUUGCAUUACCUAAAAACAAAGAGUUUAUUCAAGUGUUUGACUUCAAAAUUUAAAAGUUAUUUUAUUGACCAAAACAUGAUUCAAACUUAGGGAUUUAUAAGAUGGAAAAAUAUUAAAUUCUAAUGAAUGGGGAUACAAAUAUGAGACUUGUUUGUUAUUCUUAACCAAUAUAAAAGGAGGCUCGUGCAAACUAUCCAAACAAACAAAAAUCAUAUUCCAAUUUCUCAGAGGUUUUUGUUUCAACUCUUUUUCCCUUACUCAACAUAUCAAUUGUGUUUUUGUUCUCCUUUCUCUAUAAACUGAUGACAAUCUCGAUUGCAACCAAAUAAUCUUCGAUAAUCUUAAUCAUAGCAUUGUAUUGUUCUCUUUUUGGUUAUCAUUUUUCCCCAUUUAUCUAUUUGAUUUUUUUUAUUUCGCAUGCAUGUAAGAAAAAAUGUGUUUUACGUAGAAACAUGACUUUUAAUAUGAUGCAGAUACUUGAUUGUUGGUCUUCUUCUUCAAUCCUUAACAAUGAAUGGAUCCAACAAUAUCACUCCUUCGGGACCACGGUUGAUGACUCAACCAUCGCCUGCCUUGUCCUUGCCCCCGUUGAGCCGCCCUUCUUCAUCAUCAUUCCGUCGCAAUUCAUUACCAUCAAUGAUCCUUUCUCCGUCAGCUCAUGUGGAGAGUAGAGACUCUUCCAUUAGGGAUAAGAAAAACCCUUCAUUGCCUCCUCUGGAUGGUAACGUUUCCUCUUCAAGUUUGGUUGAUGGAGACAAGAAUGCUUCCGGCCUCGAGUUUGGUAGCAGUGAUUAUACUGAUGAUGAGUUGAAUAUGAUUGCGGAGAGUACCAAACUUAAAAAGAUAGCAUCUGAUCCAGUGAAAGUCAGAAGAAUCUUGGCGAACCGAGUAUCAAUGGUACUUUCAAAGCAGAGGCAGUCACAGUAUGUUAUUGACUUGGAACAGAAAAUAAAAUUUCUUGAGAACGAAAAUGCAUCAAUGUCUGAAAAGAUCACGCUUUUGGAGAAUGAUAAAACAAUGAUGAUGAAUGAGAAGAAGGAAAUCACGAUUAAAAUUGAAUCGUUGGAGCAACAAGUGCAACUUCGUGAUGGUUGUUACUCCGGUAACUGCAUGAACUUUGUUUAUGACAUCACCCAUAAACAACACCUUCUUAAAAAUCUAUUUCCAACAGCUGGAAAAACAAGUGAAGUAUUGCACAACCGACGCGAAUCUGAUAGAUCAAACAUGAAAGCAAUGGAUCCAAACAUAUUCAAUCGGUUGCAGCCAAACCCUGAUUUUUAUGGACAAAAUUAAGGGAGGUGACUUAAUUCUAUGGGAUCAAGGAUUGAAGUUAUAGUUCUUUUAAGUUAUUUCAGUUUCUCUAAGUUGUGUUCAGGGUCAUGUUGAGGGUAAAAAUGAUAGUAACUCUGAGGCUUCCUUCAAACGAUAUGACCUUUUUAUUACUGUUUUGAUUUAUCUUUUUUUCCAAUAAACUAUGUCCUUUUUUUUUACUAGGUCCAAUACUCGCCCAUACAUGUGGGUUCUCUGUCCGUAAUUUUACUUCUCGAUAAUGAUUUAAAUAGUUUGUAUUAAUAUACUUUAUGAUG